ACCGUCAUCACCUGCAUCGGGACGCUGAAGAAGAGCACGGCGGACGAAGAUGGCGUCAGCUGUUUGGUGAUCGGCACGGAGAGCUGCGACGUCUUCGUGCUCGACCCCGAGGCCUUCAUCAUCCUCUCCACAAUGUCGCUGCCCGCCCCCCCCACCAUGAUGGAUGUUACCGGGCAGUUUGACGUUGAGUUUCGCAUCACGGUGGCGUGUCGCAACGGAAACAUCUACAUCCUGCGCAGGGAGUCGGAGAAACCGAAGUACUGCAUCGAGCUGUCGAGCCACCCGGUGGGUCUGGUGCGGGUCGGGAAGAACGUGGUGGUGGGCUGCGCCGACGAGAGCCUGCAGGGGUUCACCCAGAAGGGGAAGAAGCUGUGGACCGUCCUCCUCCCGGCUCCAAUCACCCACCAUGGCCUCCAUGGAGCUCCAACCCGGGGUCUGCAGGCGGUUCUGGUGGGUCUGGCUAACUGCGAGGUCCAGCUGUACCGAGACAAGAGCUGCUGAGCAGCAUCAAGACCCCCGAUGGUGGUAUCCAGCAUCUGCUUCGGCCGCUACGGGCGCGAGGACGGGACGCUCAUCAUGACCACCAAGAGGGUUUCAUCUCUCCUCAGGACUGGCGGUCUGAUCGUGAACAUCCUGAAGAGGACCCUCCUUCGAGGACGUGCGGCCGCGGCCGGGCCGCCGCUGGCUCAGAGCAUCCGGCUCAACGUGCCCAAGAAGACCAAGCUGUACGUGGACCAGACGCUGCGGGAGCGAGAGGAGAGCGGCGCUGCCAUGCACCGGGCCUUCCAGAUGGACCUGAGCCGCCUGCGCCUGGCCGCUGCCAGCGCAUACGUCAAGGCUCUGGAGUCCAGCCUGACUCCGAUGUCCUGCCGCCUCAGCGAGCCUCUGAAGAUGAACGCCGUGGUGCAGGGCCUCGGUCCGGCCUUCAAACUCACGCUGAACGUCCAGAACACGGCGGCGUGUCGACCCGUCGCCAACCUGGCUGUCAGCUUCCUGUACGACGAGAGUCUGUACCGCAUGCGGACGCCGUACCUGAGGAUCCCGCUGCUGGUGCCCGGUGUCGUUUACCCCGUGGAAACCUUUGUGGAGUGCAGCAGCGACAAGGGCAUCUCUGACAUCAUCAAAGUGUUCGUGCUGCAGGAGGGCAGCAGCGCGCCCCUGCUCAGCGCGCACAUCAACAUGCCAGUGAGCGAGGGGCUGACUAUCAACUGAAAACAAGAAGUUAAUAUUAACAUGCCAGUGAGCGAGGGGCUGACUAUCAACUGAAAACAAGAAGUUAAUAUCAACAUCCCGGUUAGUGAGGGGCUGACGAUCAACUGAAAACAAGAAGUUAAUAUUAACAUGCCGGUUAGUGAGGGGCUGACUAUCAACUGAAAACAAGAAGUUAAUAUCAACAUGCCGGUUAGUGAGGGGCUGACUAUCAACUGAAAACAGGAAGUUAAUAUUAACAUGCCGGUUAGUGAGGGGCUGACUAUCAACUGAAAACAAGAAGUUAAUAUUAACAUGCUGGUUAGUGAGGGGCUGACUAUCAACUGAAAACAAGAAGUUAAUAUCAACAUGCCGGUUAGUGAGGGGCUGACUAUUAACUGAAAACAGGAAGUUAAUAUCAACAUGCCGGUUAGUGAUGGGCUGACUAUUAACU